UCCUCCUCAGUCCUCACCUCCUCCUUUUGCCGGUUUUUUCCAGGUUGAAGAAUGAGAGUGCUGUGUGUACUUCAGAUUUCAGGCUAUCUCUCUGUUUAUCUGCUUGCUACCACUAUUCUCUGCCGUUUCCUUUUUUUUCAGCAUGCUUUUCAGCUUUACACCCAGUCAUGGGAGGAUAGUACAUAGUAGUAGUGGGUGUUCGUUGUGAAUCUCUCUCUCUCUCUCUCUCUCUCUCUCUCUCUCUCUCUCUCUCUCUCUCUCUCUAUCCAGUUUUGGAUACAUUUCUGAAACUUGCGCCGCUGAGAGCCUGAGAUCAAGCGAGCGCGCGGCGCUUGGAAGAGCCACGGCGUGAGUGACGCAUUGCGGCAAAGGCAUCACUGUUUCUCGUUCUGGUUUGGACUUUGGAGUCCCACAGCAAAAAAAUGCCUAUCCCUACCCACUCAUGCCUACCAAGAAACAACAACUCAACUCUCGGGAGGCGCAACAAACGAUGCCGCAUUUCCCUUCCCCUUUCGUUUUUUUUUUACCUCUUCAGUGUUCACAUGUACUAGAACGUGUGAUAUGUCUUCGCAAGCGUCACAUGGUCUCGCGCGGGCACGAGAGACAGGACGGCCUCGAGUCCUCUCAACUCAACUGCCCUCUGAUGCCUGCAUUUCUUCUACCAGGCCAGGAGCCCAGGACCCGGAGGUGCUCGCUGUCGCUGAUCAACCGCGCGCCGUCGCAGGCAGCACAGCAACCAGCAACAGCCAACAGCUAGGCAGGUAGUAGUAGUAUACAUGAGCAGGUUCGCGGGGCAGACGUCCACCAGGCCGUGGGUGGGGAUGGCGGGCUCUGGCGCCACCGCGUCCGAGCCUGCCGCCGCCGACGUCGCGAGGGACGACGCCACGGCGGCCAUGAGGGGCGCCGGCGCCGGCGCCGGCACCAACGCCAGCGCCAUCUCCUUCGGCUUCGCGGCCACGGCGGUCCUCGUCUCCAUGUUCCUCCUCAUGGCCAUCUUCGAGCACCUCAUCAAGCCCGGCCUGGCUUCCUCCUCCUCCCGCGGCGCAUCGGGCUCCCAUGAAGACGCCGCCGACGACGAUGGCGAAGGCCGCGGCCACCGCCACCGCAUGGGGGGAUCACCCCCGGCUCGACUGCGCGAGCGCGACGACGCGGCGCCGGACAAGCUCUGUCACCUGCCAAAGGUGGAGGCCGUGGUGGACUUGACGGUGCUGAUGCCGGGGCAGCGGUACCCGACGUUCCUGGCGCAGCCGGCGCCGCUCGCGCCGUGCCACAGGGAAGGCGUGCUCUGGCCUUCCCACGACCGUCGCCGCUCGUUUGUGCCACCGUGAUUUUUUCCCCCCACCACAUCGUUCUUUCUGUACAGAGGUUAUUGUAAAUGGCAGCGCCCUGGCUUAUUCGAGGCUGAUAUAUCAUAUGGCUGUUGUCACA